AUGAAAAUAUUUCUUGCAGGUUUAGAAAGCGUGGAAUGGAAACAGGAUGGAAUUACAGUUUGUGGAGGAAAUGGAAUAGGACAUAAAUUAAAUCAGCUCGAUGGUCCUCAAGGAAUCUUUAUUGAUAAUGAUACAACAAUAUAUAUUGCUGAUUUUUUUAAUAAUCGUAUUAUUCAAUGGAAAUCUAACGAGACGACUGGUCAAAUCAUUGCAGGUGGGAAUACAUAUGAACAUGGAACUAAUCAGUUUAUAUAUCCGAAAAGUAUAAUUAAUGACAAACGAAAUAAUUCGUUGAUCAUUUGUGAUUUUAUGAAUGGACGAGUAAUCCGAUUAUCAAAACAAAUUAAAAAAAAACCAAAGAUUCUUAUUCCUAAUAUUCACUGUUCUGGUCUUACAAUGGACAAAAAUGAAUCCAUAUACGUUUCUGAUUGGACGAAAAAUGAAGUAAGACGAUGGAAAAAAGGAGAUAGAAAUGGAACGAUAGUGGCCGGAGGAAACGGAAAAGGAAACCAUUCCGAUCAACUGAAUGUUCCUACUUAUAUCUUUGUUGAUGACGAUUAUUCUCUUUAUGUAUCUGAUAUGAGAAAUCAUCGUGUGAUGAAAUGGGAAAAAGAUGCAAAAGAUGGAAUAAUUGUGGCUGGAGGAAAUGGUCAUGGAUAUAGCCUUUCACAAUUGUCAAAUCCGCAAGGAAUUAUUGUUGAUCAUUUGGGUGAAAUCUAUGUGGCAGAUCGUGAUAACCAUCGAGUAAUGCGUUGGCGUAAAAAAGAUAAAGAAGGUGAAAUUGUUGUUGGUGGAAAUAGGAACAAAACAAAAUCGAACCAAUUUUUUCCUAGUGGUUUGUCGUUUGAUAGUAAACGUAAUCUUUAUGUUGCUGAUCAAGAGAAUAAUCAAAUUCAAAAAUUUGAAAUGAUUCGUGUUUAA